AUGGCGCCCAAGAUCGUGCUCAUCACAGGUUGCAGUGAAGGUGGUAUUGGGUGAGUUCCUUCGAGCACGUCACCGUUCACGAUGGCACCCCCGUAUAGAAAGCGGUCAAGCUCGUAGCCUAUCCCAGCGAUCCUUACCUGAUCCUUCCCAAAUCAUGUCAUACCCACCUCCUCCCUCAACCUUUCCCCACCUUUCCCUUUUUCCCCCACCAGCAACGCCCUCUGCCAAGCCUACGCCCGCGCCGGAUGUCACGUGUUCGCAACAGCCCGUCGUCUUUCAGCGAUGGAGAAUCUCCCUUCUUCAGUCGACAGGAUCCAACUCGACGUUUUGAACGAAGAGGAUUGUAAGAAGGCGGUGCAGGAGGUCGUCGAUAAGGUCGGGAGGAUUGAUAUUCUUGGUGAGGCUCGAGUUUUCGAAGCCGUCUUGGAGACGGAGGGUGGGUUGAGGGAUGAAGGCUUAGACUGACUUGGGGGGUUCUUGCGUGCUCGAUCGUCUAUCUAGUCAACAACGCUGGAGCAGGAGGUACCGGAGCGUUGAUGGACUUCCCUGUCGAUCAAGCCAAAGUCAGAAAAUUCACCUCAAAAAAUUCGCGCGCGCGCUCAAAAAGUGUCCUGCGCGCUAAUGCCCACCUCUUCCCUUCCCAUUCCACCCAGGCCGUCUUCGACACCAACCUCUUUGCUCCCAUGCGUUUGGCCCAACUGGUCGUCCCCCACAUGGCGAAGAAAAAGUCCGGUUUGAUCAUCAACAUUGGUUCGAUCGUCGGUUCGUCCUAGCCUGCCCCUUUCCCCCCCCCCCCCCAAAAAAAGUUUGUUAAGCCAAUCUCGCCCCCCCCCCUUUCGUUACACGAAAACAGGUGUGAUCCCCACCCCCUGGGCCGGCGUUUACGCCACUUCCAAAGCGGCCAUCCACGCCUGGUCCGAGGUGUUGCGCAUGGAAGUCCAAGGCUUAGGCAUCAACGUCAUGCUCGUCGCUCCGGGAGCGAUCACGAGUGGGUUCGGCAAGAAGCAGGCCGAUAGCUUCGAUUUACCUCAAGGUACGAUCGGGACGCAGAGGGGAGAGCGUGGAGUGUUUUUUUCUUUUGUGGAAAGUUUGGGGACUGAUUUUAUUUUAUUUAAUUGUUGGAUGAUCAGAUUCAUUGUACCAUUCCGUCGCGCAACGCAUCAUGGAUCGAGCGGCGAUGUCCCAACGAGCCGGUAAGUUUGGCUCAUUAUCACCUUCCAAACUCCCAAAAAAAAACUCGACUCGAAUUGAGCCCCUCCCUCCUUCUCCUCGACCAAACAAACAAAAAAAAAACAAAAAAAACCCAGAUCAUACCAUGCCCGCCUCGAAAUUAGCCCAGGGUAUCGUCACUCGAUCUCUCGGACCCAAGCCCGCGACCUACUACACCGCCGGAGGGAAGGCGUUCCUGUUUUGGGUUUUGGAGAGGUUGCCUCGAUCGUGGGUGUGGUUCGUGUUGGCGAGGGCGUUGGGGACGAAUCAAGUUGGGAAAUGA